GUGGCAGGUGUCUUCUCCAUAUCUGAAUACUGAGUGGCCAGUGGACAGAGGCCCCCUAGGAAGCCGGCCUGCCAUGAGUCUCUGGGAACUGGAAGACCACCACAGCUGCCAAGGCUCUGCCCGGCCAGCCCGGGUGCCCACCCCAGAGGAGGCAUGGGCUGCGGAACUGCAGAUGAAGGUGGAUUUUUUCCGGAAGCUGGGCUAUUCCUCUGCUGAGAUCCACAGUGUCCUGCAGAAAUUGGGGGUCCAGGCAGACACCAACACGGUGCUGGGAGAGCUGGUGAAGCAUGGGUCAGCGGCCGAGCGAGAGCGCCAGGCCUCACCGGACCACAGCCCACAGCCCCCUCUGGUUCCUCGGGGAGGGGGUCCCCCCAAGGCACCCACCCUGGAGCCCUCUCCCCCCAAGGAGGACAAGGACGGCAGUGACCUGAGACCUGUGGUCAUCGACGGAAGCAACGUGGCCAUGAGCCAUGGGAACAAGGAGGUCUUCUCCUGCCGGGGCAUCCUGUUGGCAGUGAACUGGUUCCUGGAGCGAGGCCAUACAGACAUCACAGUGUUCGUCCCAUCCUGGAGAAAGGAGCAGCCGAGGGCCGAUGUGCCCAUCACAGACCAGCACAUCCUGCGGGAUCUGGAGAAGAAGAAGAUCCUGGUAUUCACACCGUCGAGGCGUGUGGGAGGCAAGCGGGUAGUCUGCUAUGAUGACCGCUUCAUUGUCAAGCUGGCCUAUGAGUCUGACGGGGUGGUGGUCUCCAAUGACACCUACCGCGACCUGCAGGGUGAGCGGCAGGAGUGGAAACGCUUCAUCGAGGAGCGGCUGCUCAUGUACUCCUUCGUUAACGACAAGUUCAUGCCCCCCGAUGACCCUUUGGGCCGCCACGGACCAAGCCUGGACAACUUCUUGCGAAAGAAGCCCCUCCCAGCAGAACAUCGGAAGCCCUGUCCCUAUGGGAAGAAAUGCACCUACGGGACCAAGUGCCGAUUCUUCCACCCCGAGCGGCCCAGCCGUCCCCAGCGCUCCGUGGCCGAUGAGCUGCGUGCCAACGCCCUCCUCGUACCCCCGAGGGCCUCGAGCAAGGACAAGAGUGGCCGCGGGCCUUCCCCUUCUUCCCGGCCAGGCUCUCUGCCCGCAGAGCGUGAGGAUGGGAAGAAGGUGGGGGCCCACCAUGAGGGCAUGACCCACAGCUUUCCACCGGCCAGCAGGAGCCUCCCAGCCCCAGCCAGUGGGGGCAGCUUUGGGCCCACAGACUGGGUCCCGCAGACCCCAGACUCCCUCCCAUACAUGUCCCAGGACUGCUUGGACUCAGGCAUUGGGUCCCUAGAGAGCCAGAUGUCAGAACUGUGGGUGGGGCACAGGGGCAGCUCUGGGGAGUCUGGCCCACCACGGGGCUCGUACCCAGGGUACAGCCCCUAUGGGGCUGAACCCCCAGCCCCCUCAGCUUUCCCUGCCUUUAGACGGCCGAUAGGCACUGGCCACUUCAGUGUCCCUGCUGACUAUGCGCCCCCACCAGCCGCCUAUCCACCUCGAGAAUACUGGUCUGAGCCCUACCAGCUGCCUCCCCCCACCCCUGUGCUGCAGGAGCCCCUGCCCCCAGUCUCAGGAGCUGACAGGAGCUCCUGGGCCGGGGCAGACAGUCUGGCCAAGAAGCGAGCCAAUGUGUACACCAAACUAUGUGGCGUCUUCCCCCAGCACCUGGUGGAGGCUGUCAUGGAGCGCUUCCCGCAGCUCCUGGACCCCCAGCAGUUGGCUGCUGAGAUUAUAUCAUACAAGUGCCCACACCUUGCUGACUAAGCUGUGCUGGUGGGCCCCCUGGGCCUUCUUCCCUGGCCAGCUUUGGGCCCUCGAGUGCCCACCCACACCCAGUCCCGAAGCCCACCCUGUAGGCUGCAUGCAGGGAGUUUUCAAGACGGGAUGGGAACCCACAAACCACAGAUACUUUAGGAUUGGUUCUGGCCUACGUGGCACCCCUCACCAUCUGCCUGAGUGGGUACAGGCCAGAAGCGAUCAUCCUGUUGAUGCACAUUGUAUCUCUGUAGUUUAAGGAGACACUGCCUGUAACGGCUGUCAGUCCGUGGCUCAAGCCCAAACCCACCUUUCUCUCGGAGGAGGACGGGGAGGGAGGCAGGCCUGGGCUGGGGGCCCAGUGCAUGACCCCCUCCCUCCACCCCGUCCUGUCCCUGGGAUGCCAGCCUUGGCUGGCUAGUUGGGCACCAUGUGCCUGCCCUGCAAGGGCCCCUCUCUAAGCCAAUGAGGCUUCCACAGCGCCCUCUCCUGGGCACGAGGCUUCAUGUUAGUAAGCAAGAUGCUUCUUAAUAACCAACCUCUUUCUUCCGUCUGUCCAUCCUUCCCUCCUCCCCUGUACUUGGAGUCACGUAGCUUUCACCCAGGGUGGGGGAUACAGGCGUACGUGUGCCGGUAUAAAUGUCAAAUGUUCCAAGCGAAAGUCUUUGUGUCCCUUAACACAUCAAUAAAGUACAGCGUGAACCC